CAACAAUUUUGCCAGUCGUCUGCUUGUGACAUUGCACCGCGAACGUACACUACGGGGGAAAUUAAUUAAAAUGUUUGCAGCUUACUCCGUAAAAGAUGAUAGUAAGCCAUCCGAGUCCAAAAAGACUGAAGAAACGAUCAGUUGGUUGAAGAAUGAAAGUUUUCAACAAAGUAUUAUCCCAAAAACGUCAGUUGCUGCAAGCGUUGGAAUCCAGUCACAAAAUUCAGGUUUGUUGAAUGCAGAACAGAGACAGAGUUAUAAUCAUUUGGGGUUGAAAACCCCCACUUCUACUUGUACAACUACACAAGAAAGUCCAACAACAGCAGAUGCAGAAGUUAUAACAACGAGCAAGGAAUAUAAAAAAAGUUCUGAAAGGAGAAAAAAGAAAAAGAAAGAUGAAAAACAUCGAAGUAAAGUUGAAAAGAAGUUAAAAAAAAAGAAGAAAUCAAUCAUUUCCAACAUCCCACCUGAACCGGAAUUAUCCAGUAUUGGCAGAAAAUCAAUUUUUUCUGGUGGUUUGCAAUUGAAACUUGAAGAAUCCUUCUACAAAGAUGUGAAAGGAUGUAAAGACAAUUUUGCUUUCCCAAAUAUGUAUUUUAAAAAUGUUGCCAGGCAUCAUCAAAUGAGAGGAAUAUUAGGUGCUCACAAUUCAUCAUUAAAACCUUAUCUGAAAAAGCCUAAACCUCUACGAUACUUUGGAAAGAAGAGUCUGAGAAGAUUGGCAAAAAUUACCAACCUUGUACAACCUGUACAACCACAACCUAGUGAAACAAAUCCUUUCGGAAUUUACGAUUCCAGCACUGUCUUGUACAUCCAAGGCAAUCAUAUUGCAAAUCCGGAUGAGCCACCUGUAAAAACAAAAGAAUUUGAAAUCUCUCGUCAAACAGCAUUGUUCAAUGAGAAACUUAGAGAAAACCCUCAUGACAUUGAUUUAUGGCUUUCCUUUAUUGAACAUCAAAACAUAGCUUCCUUAUCAAUGACUGAAGAAAAUGCUGAUGAUGGCAAAAAUCAACAUAAAAGUCACGGGAGAAGUCUUCACCCAAGAGCCUUAUUGGAACGAAAGGUUGCAAUUUUGGAUAAAGCGAUUGAGCAGAAUCCAAAGAGUACAAAAUUACUCACAGCGCGUUUGAAUAUUGCUGCUGAAUAUUGGGAUAGCUCUGCCUUGCAUCAAGAAUGGCGUAAUGUUCUUUUCGUCAAUCCCAUGUCAAUCGAACUGUGGAAAGAGUACCUGAAUUUUAUAGAAAACAGUUUUGAAGGAUUCAGUGUUUCUCAGGUUUUGAAAACGUAUGCAUCGUGUUUUCAAAAACUCGUGCAAAUGCAACAACCAUCUUUUGCCUCUCAUCAACGUCCAACGAAUUUGGAAGACUUCAUGAUAGAUAUUGGUAUGCGUCUGUGCUCAUUUCUUCGGCAGUGCGGUUGGACAGAGAAGUCAGUUUCGCUUUCUCAAGCACUUUUAGAGUUGUGCUUUAAACGACCUGAUGAUCUUUCGCUAUCAUUUAUUUGGCUUAAGGCCUUAUGGGAAAGUCAUGUUCCUAGAACUGGUGAAGUGAACUGCAAUUCCGGUGCUCAAAUGACUGAACGACAACCUAUUCGCGCUGUCCAUGGAAUAGAUGCACUAGAAGACGAAGACGCGAUUAUCAACUCCGGUCAAUCUUUCCCAGUUGUGUGGCAUAAAAUGGAGUACUUACGAUCCCAUCAACAUUUUCAAGCUUGCUCAAAUAGUAGCGACUGUGACGAUGAGGAUCGCUUUGUUUCGUUCGCUGAUCUCUCUCAAUACCUUUUCGUAUGCGAAAAAAAGGAUCGCCUCCAGUUUCGACUAGUAGUGGGAUGCCUCGUAUCCCUUGGCGUACCUCUUCUACCGGCUAGCCAGGCUCAACUCUUUUGGGCUCCUCUGGUCCACGAAGAUAACCUUCUGCAGUUGCUUGCGAAUGUUCCAAAAGUUGCAUCAUUGUCUAGUUCUCUGCCAGACAUAUUUAACAGCAUUUCUUACCUGACAUUCGUUCGUCGCGUCGUUCUGCAGUGCUAUAGUAUGUUGACACCACCUCAUCAAUUGGAAUUAGCUCUGUGGUGGUUGGAUGUAGAGAGAGUUCGGAUACGCGCCAUCGUUCGAUCGUCGAAGCAAAGUGACAUCAAUCGGAGCUGGAAGGAGACUAAGUGCUGGAUCAAAGCUUUUUUAAAAAACAUUCCUAGUACUGAUUCUGCAUCUACUGUUUUGCUCUAUAACGGAUACGCUGCAGUGGAACGUGAAGUUGGAAACGAAGAAGAAUACCAAAAGAUUUUGGGUCAACUCUUGCAAAUGUAUUCCGCUAAUCCCUUGGUUAUGGAUCAACAACAGUCGAAAACAGGAUUCAGAGCUGCUUUGAUCCGAACGUGGUUUUCUUACUCGCGUUCCUUUUUGCAGAGUAAAAAUCGCCAGCAGCCUAAUCACUCCUCAGCUUUGGCGCAAUUAGUUGCUCUUGGAGCGGGUGUAUCAUUCUCUCCACAUGGUACACCUCCCACUCCUGCAAUUCUUUUAAAGGCCAAAAGAAAAUACCACGCCAUGCUUCAGGAUUUCUCUUCAUCUGCAAUUGAAUGUGACGUUUCAAGUUUUGACGUCGAAACUCCCUUUUUUAAUAGCCCAGACGAAUUCAUCGAGCUUCUACGGUGUUACUCGUAUUUUUUAUCCCUUUCGGAGGGUUGCCUACCUGCUUUUCAAAUGGUCCAACAAUGGUUAGAAACUUCUCAAAAAAGCGAUUUCUAUUUUACUACGGAGAAUCGAUACAAUAUUGCAUUUCUCAGAUACCAUAUCCGUCGGGAGUCUGCUUACGUCACUUUACUUGACCUGUUGUCGGCGUGCCGAGAAUGGGUGAAGGAUUUUCAACCAAGAUUAUUUCAUGAUACACUUUGCACUGCACUAGCGGAGUAUCCAGACAGUAUGCAACUGUUAGCCGUUUUGAUUGACUCUGAGGAGCGAUGCAGCAUGUUUAGUGGUUUGUGGAAUAGUCUUACAAUGCGUGCCAAAGAUGCAAAAAAUAAGUCUAGUUACAGAGCAGCGCUGGCCGCUUGUCUAGCUCUUGCUAAUAGGGAGGAAGCCAUUAAAAAAGGAGAAGAAACAACUUUCAAAGAAUGGGCAAGUGACGCUGGAGGAAUCGCUACGCUGCAUUUAGGUUACCGACGAAAGCUGGAGCAUCUCACAGAAUACUGUGUUACACAAUGUUCUGCGCGCCAUGUAGCUUUGAUGUGGAGAAUUCUGAUGCAUAGCGCACACCUGACAGGUGAUUCUCGGAAAUGUAAAGAUCUGUUUUAUCGGGCCUUUCGAGAUUGUCCUGUGUCUAAGAGCAUUUGUAUGGAUGUAGUGGAAUAUGUCCCAGCUUCCAUAAGGGAAGUUGCAAAAUUAAUGGCAGAAAAAGAUUUGCGUCUUAGAGUACCCCUGGAAGAAUUGGAUGUAUUGCUUGAAACCGAAAAUGAGGAGAUUUUCGAUGAACUUCAACAAGAUCCCGAUAUCAAAGAUAUUCCAUUUGAUGACGCCAAAGCAAGCCCCGAAGAAAAUAUUGAGUCAAUGACGAGUGAAAGUGAGAACGAUUUCAGCAAUGAUUCAAGCGAGACAUAAAACUUAUGUUGAUGUCAAUAUCAGUGUUUUUUCUUUUAAAUAAAAGUCGCUGAUUCCAAAAACAUAUUUGGAUUUAAAAAGAAAA